AUUGAACAUUGUUGUACUGAAUAACAUCAAACCAUCUUCUUGAUUGGAUAUUCAGCUGGCCAUACUUCCUUCUUGCUACGUUGACAAGGAACCUUCGUGGUUCUCAUCACGUCGCCCAUGAAUGGCACCAACGGAAGCUCGAUAUCUUCCUUAUCGAGCCCUUUAAACCUGCACAUUAACGGCAAAGACGUACCAUCAGACUCAUUGAACACGUUUCCUGUUAUAAAUCCUCUCACUGGAGAAAGGAUAUAUGACUGCUCCGCGGCGACGAAAGACGAUUAUGCAUCAGCCAUUGCUCACGCGUAUGCCGCCUACCUGAGUUGGUCGAAGACGCCUCCAUCAACCAGGCGAAACAUUUUCCUCCGUGCAGCUGAUAUCAUUGAGACAUAUCUCGAACAGGAUGCACCCGAAAUUCUAGCUGCGGAAGUGUCUGCGACAAAAUCAUGGGUAAAGCUUAAUAUCAUGGCUGCUGCCGCAUUUCUGAGGGAGAGCGCGGGGCUCGUUACACAUAUCAAAGGUGAAAUUGUCCCGGCUGAUAGACCAGGCACGUCGGUUUUGGUCGUCAGGGAAGCAGUUGGCGUGGUAUUGGCCAUCAGUCCUUGGAAUGCUCCGGUAAACUUGACGGUUCGCGCUAUUGCGACAGCGCUGGUAUGCGGAAAUACUGUGAUCCUUAAACCGUCGGAAUACAGCCCGAAGUCGCAGCAUCUGGUCGUCCGUGCUUUGAUCGCAGCUGGUCUACCGCCUGGGUGCUUGAAUUUCUUACCUUCGGCUCGUGAGAAUGCUCCCGAAGUGACUGAAUUUGCUGUGAAGCAUCCUCUAGUCCGCAGAGUCAAUUUUACGGGGAGUGACCGCGUUGGCAAAGUCAUUGCCGGAUGGGCGGCUCAAUGUCUGAAGCCAUGUCUGCUGGAACUCGGAGGGAAAGCCCCAGCUGUGGUGUUGGCAGAUGCAGAUUUGGAAGAUGCAGUAAACGCAAUUGUCUUCGGCGCAUUGGCAAACAGUGGGCAAAUAUGCAUGUCCACUGAGCGUAUCAUAUUACACUCUUCCAUCGCUGCCCCUUUCACAGAGUUACUCAUCGAGCGUGUCGCUAAAGUCAAAGUUGGCAAUCACUUCGAAGAUCCCUCUGUCUCUCUAUCCGGUCUAUAUUGUGCUGCUGCACCGAAGCGCAUUCUCUCUGCUAUCGACUCGGCCAUUGCCUCCGGGGCAACCCUACUUACUGGAGAUCGUACCCCAGCAGGACCAAACAAGACGAUCCUUCAACCGCACAUACUCGACAAUGUCUCUCCAGACAUGGAAAUUUUCCAUGAAGAGAUCUUUGGUCCGGUCAUAUGUAUCACACGCGCAGAUUCCGACGAACAAGCCAUCGACCUGGCCAAUACAAGCGAGUAUAGCCUGUGCGCGAGUGUCUUCACAAAGGACGUUCUGCGAGGAAUGGAAGUUGCACAACAAAUAAGAGCUGGCAGCUGCCAUGUUAAUGGGCCAACAGUAUACAUCGAACCUCCACUACCAAAUGGGGGUACUGGAGGACGCAGUGGAUAUGGGAGAUUUGGAGGAAUGGCAGGGGUAGAAGAGUUUACGGAACGAAAGAUAAUCAGCCUAGUAAAGCCCGGGAUGAAGUAUCCGAUCUGAGGUUGUGUGAUGUGAGUGUUGGGAUAUAUUGCGGAGACGGAACUAACGAAGAUUGGACCCGAACAAGAGGAUCAGGAGACAGCAGCGCAGAAUGCAGGCAAGA